CGAGGCGAUUGGCGAGGCAGAUGCAGUUGCAGUUGAGAAUUGAGAUGAUGCAAGGCCUCUCACGCUGCCGACGCCCUGCCAAUUGCCAAAGUCGGCGGCUUCUUCUUCUUCAUCAGCUCUCCUCUGCCUUCAUCGCCACUCCAAUUUCCGCUUCCCCGGUCUCUUUUCGCUGCCUGCCUGCCUCCCUCCUUUAUUUCCUUGGUCUUCAGUGUUCUUCUUACUUGCUUCCCAAAUUCGUGCCUUGAUCUAUGGGGGUGAACUACUUUUGGAUCUGGAUAUAUGGCAUGUUUAGUGUUUACUACGUUGGAUAUAUAAUACUAGUGUAUAAUUAUGUUUUUUGUUGUGAUAGAUUUGCUUUUAUACCCUGCUCCAGUAACAGCGUGCAACGCUACUCGGCAACUAAAACUGACAAGAACAAGAGCAGCGAUCUGAUCAUUCAGCCUCAAAUUAACGACGUUACAGAGGAGAGCAACCAGAGGCCUACCGAUAGCAGUGAGAUCAACCCUACUGUUGGUGUUUUUGGGGAACAUUAUUUGUUCUGGACUCAACACAUUUGUCAGCUUAGCAGCCACCGUGAUGGCACCAUAUACAACAACCAGCUUUAUUGGAAAAAUAAUUAUGAUAUCGAUGUCACUAACCGUGAAGAGACUCCGGUGGAGCCAAUGAGGUACUCAGUGGCCACACGAUGCAAUCCUGAUCUGGAAAACUGUCUAUGCAUGACAUGUCAAAUGGUGCAGAUUUUCUCAUUGAAGUUGGCUCACACUAGUAUAAAUAGUGGUCCAACACAGUUAUAUGGAUAUAUUGCAGCACGGGAUCAUGUCGACUCAAUGCUUAAUUAUGUUUUCAAUCGCAGCAGAGAUGAUCCCAUCGCCGUGAACCAGGGUUCUCUUAUCGAAAUGACUGGCCCUAAGAGAGGCAUUGCACUGAUCCCCGAAUGUCUGUUUGAGUUUGACAUGAGAAUCAAAACUGGGGAGAAAGAAGAAGAUGAUCUACAGCUGAUCGACGGAAUGAUAGAGUUGGACGAAAUGAGAAUGCCCGAGACGCCGUACACAACUCGCAUCAAUGGCGAUUCUGGCUCCGUCGACCUGUGUUUAGCGAAUGUUUCUAACGGAGUAGAGGCAACGGUGGAAGUUGUCAUAUCGGAACUGAUGGUGAAUGGUUUUGAUCUAUCGAUCAGCUGUGUUGUUUCAAGUUCAAGGUACGAAUACGAUGAAAGUAAAGAGUUUCAGAUAUUCGGUGGCAGUAUUGGUGAGGCGUGUGGCCUAAGAAGGUUUGUGUUGGCUGUCUACUUGGACACUGAUGCAGCUGAAGUUGAAGGUAGAUCAGAAAGGGUCCAAUGGUGUUGAGCAUUGCUGCUCCUUUUCAUGUAAGCUGCAUGGAUGCGCCAGCGAAGAUGUAAAGCUUGAGGAGGUGGCUUCUAUCUCGGUGAAGGUGACCUGGUCGGCUUUGAUUGAAUGAACUCCCUUGUGUUACUGUUUUCAUUUGUUGCAUUUCAGUUUUGGUUGCCUGCAGUCUGUACCCCUAAGGGGAUUUAAUUUGGAUGAUGCUAUUACCAUUUUGUGAGGGAGACCACCCGUGUUUAAUUCU